AUGGAAAAGUUUCUCAUGAGCUCUCCCUCCCAGCAUCCGCAUCAGCAUCCUCCUUACUAUUCGUCGGACACGCUAGCGGCGCUUCUGAAUCUUGAAAACGACUUGCAGAAUGCAGAGCUGCUGGCGGUCCCAGCCUCCAGGGACUACUCGGGCCUGCCCAACGUCUACGACGACUUGGACUUCUCCAACGACCUCCCGCCCGACUUUGUCUAUGAUCUGACCUUAGACUUUGACUUGGACGAAAAGGCUGAAGAAUCGACCCACCAGCGCCAUUUUUCGCUGGAUCGCCCGCUUCUGACGCCCUUCUUCCUUCUGCAAAAUGCUCGCAUGGACUUCAAUCACUCAAGGAACAUAUCCUUGGACGAUUCAGCCUAUAAGCGUUCCCACCAGCACCUGUCGUCCAUAGUAUCGAACCUGGCUGACCCGCCGUCGGGGACGUUUGCCCAUUCAUACUCCUCCACAACCCUACAGCUGCUGUCGGAUCUGGUCCCUCAACUACUGCUGCUGGUGUCGAACCCACUGUUGCUAGACUCGCCCCACUCCACGUUACAGACCGCUACCCCUGGACGUCGUCACAAAUCAACCUCUGUCUCGUCUCAUACAAACUUAUACACCACCCCGUUGCGUGGAGGCUCUCAUGUAUCUCCGUUGACCCAUUCCAAGAUUGGCAAGACUCCUCACCUGGCAUUGGGCAAGUCCCAUCGCAGAAAUAGACUGAAGGCCAGUUUGGAACCUUCUUCUGCCCAUCUUUUGGCUACGGUUGCUAACAUGAAGGGUAAUAACGGCGCAGGCUAUGUCUCGCAAACCCCAUCAGGCAACUUAUCUACCUCGCAUUAUAACAUCAGCUUGAACGAAGAGAACCCUUUCCAUAAUGAAUUCGUGUCUCCUCGUUUUGGUGGAAACGUCAGUGACCAUGACGCUACGCCUUUGACCACGCCAGCUGGAAAGACUGGUAACCACAUGUCUUCUCAGUAUUUCACGCCUAUCUCGCAUAACCAAAGCUUUGGUGGUUCUUUGCUUGAAAAUCUGAGCCUGGCUAUGGGCCUGGCCCUGAUGAUUCCUUCCAAUUUGAGUCUGAACGACUUGAGCAUGACAUCCAGCCUGAACCUGGCCCAUCCGGGUAUGGCCACCCUCCGUCGUAACGAUACUCUCGAUUCGAUCAAAAUAGAAGACCAGGAAGACGAUGCUUGCAAGCAGUUGAGAAAGGCUAAAUCAUUUACUUCUUUUGGCGACCAGAACUCAAGGAUGACUCGCAUUGUCAAUUCCAGAUCGGGUAGAUCGUCCAACGACUUGAGCAACGUGUUUGCAGACUCUACGCCCGACCUUUCUGCUGAUGGUUCGCCGCCUAAAUAUACUAGAGACCAGCAUCCUCGUGAUGCUUUCAAAAAAUCUGCAUCGAUCGACUUAUUGCUGCCUGAGCUUGUUGCCACAGACCGCAUGGGCGAUAAAAACUUGAAGUCAUAUCCAGCAUCUAUAGACCUCGCGUCUAUAACACAAUCUAGUGGUACGAGCCACGCGUCGCCUCUGCCUCCUGUGAGCACGGGUCGCUUGAUGCCACCCAUAGGCAAUCAGCCUUCCCUGGCGAACAUGCCUACAGCAUCACGGAGCAACAGUUACGUGGGCAAUCCUCGACAGAACUUGUUGAACGCUGCGGCAAAGAAAUUGUCGAAAGUUCCAACCGGAUACCCAACGGCCUCGCAGAUCCAGAAGACAUCUACUACUGAAGAUAUUGCCAAGUUCGCUGAAAGCAUUCUUCAGUCGGAUACGAAGCGUCCAAUUUACGUUCAGCUGGAACAAAAGGAUGUUUACGAUCCUAAGAAAAAGCAUAAAUGUCCCCUCUGUCUCGCUCGCUUCCAGCGCCCGGAACACGUUAAACGUCAUUUAAAGAGCCAUUCCACUGACAAGCCGUUCCAGUGUGAUGAGCCAGAUUGUGGUCGCCGGUUCAAUCGUAAAGAUAACCUCAAGGCCCAUCUCAAGAAAAUACACGGGAAAGUUGUAUGA